UUGUUCCGCAAUUACACAGCAAAUCAUCUCACUAGGAAGGACUUGGAUCAGAGGGACCAGGAGACAAGUCAGUCAGACCUUCAAGCAGAGUGUUGGCUAGGGCUACUAAAGGCCAUGUCUUUAGGGUUGGAGAUAGUGGGCAUCGCCCUGGGAGUUGUGGGCUGGAUAAUUGCCAUCAUAGCCUGCGCCCUGCCCAUGUGGAGAGUGACCGCGUUUAUCGGGGCCAACAUCGUGACAGCGCAGGUCAUCUGGGAAGGUCUGUGGAUGAAUUGCGUGACCCAGAGCACGGGGCAGAUGCAGUGCAAGAUCUACGACUCCAUGCUCGCCCUGCCCCAGGACCUGCAGGCCGCCCGCGCCCUCACCGUCAUCUCCAUCAUCCUCUCCGUCCUUGCCGUGCUCAUCGCCAUCGUUGGCGCCAAGUGCACCAACUGCAUUGAGGAUGAGGCGUCCAAGGCCAAAGUCAUGAUCAUCGCCGGCGUCAUGUUCAUCACCUCCGGGAUCAUGCAGCUCAUCCCUGUGUCCUGGUCGGCCAACACCAUCGUGCAGGACUUCUAUAACCCGCUGCUGACAGACGCCCAGCGGCGGGAGAUCGGCGCCUCCCUCUACCUCGGCUGGGGAGCGGCUGCCCUCUUGGUCUUCGGCGGGGCCAUGCUCUGCUGCUCCUGUCCUCCCAAGGAGAAGAAAUACAACGGCUCCAGGAUGGCGUACUCUGCUCCGCGCUCCACGGCCAGGAGCGGGUAUGACAAGAAAGACUACGUCUGAUCCACCCCUACUGUCACCCGCCGUUCCCAUCCCAACCUGCCCAACCGCCGCCGUCCCGUCAACGACUCUGUCCUGUGGCUUUCGCCGGAAGUUCAGGGCCGAGAAGAGACUCCGAAAUGAAGGGACACUUUGUGCUGCCUGCCUCUGCGGUGUUUCUGGGCAUUGUGCUGGACACAGGUUGAGCUCAGUACCUCUUAUGCUGGUAAAGCUUUUCAUUUCCAAUGUAGAGUGAAAAAAAAAUAUGUCAAUAUUUAGAGUUUUCUUUCAUUGCAAUUACACACAUGCUUUUAUAGCUAUCUGCACAGUUCUACUUUGAACUGCUAUGUGUGUGUGUGUGUUUGUGUGUGUAUAUAUAUAUAUAUAUAUAUAUAUAUAUAUAUAUAUAGAGAGAGAGAGAGAGAGAGAGAGAGAGACAGAGAGAGAGUACAUUUCACUUGAUAUGUUACCGUGUUUUUCCUGCUUUGGUUGCAUAUGCAUAUGAUACAUUGUGAUGCUAGUAAGUAAUCUUUUCGUGUGAUUUUACAAUAGUUUCUGCGCGUGCGAAAUGUCACUUUGUUUAAGAGGCGAAAACCUUCCAUUCACAAUAAGGAUUUGCGUAUGAAAAAAAAUAUUGUCUUGGGGGGAGGACACGGAGGUGCAGGUGUGUACCAGUGUGCCCCCACCCUCCCCAUUUGGGAAAAAGUUACCAUUUUUACGUGUGAAUUCGAUUCGUAGUUUAGAUUAGGAUUUUUUUGUGACUGAAGAAAAGGAAAACUUUCAUAUUAUUUCACUCGCCGUAAAUACGCAUAUAUUAUGUAUGUAUAUACAAACGCGCUAUUUUGUUAUAUUCAGUUUCAUAAAUAUGUAAAUGCAUUCUCCUCAGGUUUGCCUUUGUGCAUUUAACGUCUCCUGUUAGCAAUCUGUUUCAAUAAACGCAGUACAUGCCGUA